UCCAUGUUUAUCGCGGCCAUUGCUAACCAGAAGGCCAUUGCCAUAGCUAUCGCACCUGGUUGAUGAACCGAGCCCUCACACCCUGAAGAGGCCAGUCUUACCUCGUAUCAUACAUAGUGCUCCUGGGUUGUUCUGAUCCAAAUCAACACCAGCCCAGUGGUUAAUGUCCCUUGCCUGUUUCUUUUAGCUCUGUGUAGCACCUUAUGUAGCAGAGAAAAUCAGCCACGGCACGGCCCCUUGUGCGAUCCACUCCUAUCUUAGCGGUGAUUGCUUUUGACCGACCAACUCUAUCCCGUCUCAUUUAUUUUCUCCCUAACAACCUCCUCUCACCCCAAACACCACUCACCAGCCCCAUCAUGGAUCCCUAUUCAAUGCAGCCAUCCGCCAAACGGCAGCGUGCUAACACAGUUGAUGACGAUGCUGGGUCAGACGCCAAUCAGCACGCUAACCCUCAAUACUACCAAACAUAUCAAUAUUCUCAAGCACCGGCCUACUCACAGGCACCUCAGUAUGCCCAAGCUCAGCCUCAACAGGCUCAAACCCAGUACUACCAGUCUUCCCAAUAUGCCCAGAACCCACAGUACCGUCAAACCUCACAAGACUUGACAGGGUUUGGGUACCCUCGGGCGUCCCCGUACCAGGCUGCACAGUACGCCCAGGCUGCACAGUAUUCCCAGUACCCUCAGUACAUGCACGCUUCGCAGGCCUCGCAGACUUCUAUCUACGCCGCUCAGUAUAGUCAACAGGUGCAUCAGGCUCAGCAAGCCCAUCAGGCCCAUCAGGCUCAGCAGGCACAACAAGCUCAGCAGGUGCAACAGGCACAGCAGGCUCAGCAGGCUCAGUAUGUUCAACAGCUUCGGCAAGCUCAUCAUGCUCAACAGGUUCACCAAGCUCAACAGGUUCACCAAGCUCAACAAGCCCAGCAACAGGCUCAACAAGCCCAGCAACAGGCUCAACAAGCCCAGCAACAGGCUCAACAAGCCCAGCAAGCUGAGCAACAGGCUCGACAGGCGCAACAGGUCCGACAGGCGCAACAGGCCCAGCAAGCCCAGCGGGCUCAACAAGCUCAGCAGGCUCAACAGGCAUCCCAAUCUCCGCACACUUCACAGGCUGCUCAUAAUUCACCAGCGUCUGGAGCUCCGACGGAAUCGCGGACGCCCCUGACCUUCCAGGCCCUCCUUCAAGACAGGGCCUCUCGCACCCCUCAAGAAGAUUCCCGGGGUCCCGGUAGUCAUCUAACUCUGGACGACGUCAGCCCCAUGUUGCCUAGGUCCACCGAGGCCGAGCUCAGCAAAAUAAUCACCAGUCUUGACCUUCUUGCGGCCCAAAAGUUUCUUGUUGUUGCGGCCCAAAUGCAUCCGGAUAUCGGUUACAUGAUUGCCGAUUAUGGCAAGACGAGUGACCAACCAGUACCGCCGGCCCCAACCAAAGAACCAGUCAAGCUUUCAGUGGAAACCGUAGUCUAUGAGCAGGAUUAUGAUGUAAACAACGAGUACGACGACGAACGCGAUGACGAAGACGACAACCAGCGCAACGCCCAGGGCACCUCCCUGAACUUUGAUCAUCUGGCUGAAGAAGCCCACUACAUCCUCAACGUCAAGUACGACCGUUUGAACGCACGCCAGCAAUAUGAUCGGUCAGGCGACGCGGCUGAAAGCCUAGAACGAUGUGUUGUCAAGAUCCUCAACCAGGUCAAGAAGAAUCCCGACUAUGGCACCAAGCUCAGUGGGGUGACAAACCUCUGGAAGAUAAUCUGGUAUCUUCUUACUUCGCCAGGCGCGUUGGCUCAUGAGAUUAAGAAGGACAGCCAGGACUGGGAUCAGCAAUUCGUGAAGCUUCACAAGUUUAUGAGCAAAGACGACAUGGAGAGGCUCAAGGUCCAGGACGUGGACGGGAAGAGGUGGCCUGAGAAGGCGAAGGAGUUGGCGGACGAGGCGGAUGCUUAUGGUCUCUUUGAGGAGAUAAGGGAGGUGUUGGAUCUGCUGCAGAUGUGAGCGGGCAAGGUGCAAUGGGGUAAGUUGUUCACAUAUACAGACGCGGUAGGUAAUAUUGGUUGUGUUGGGUUUCCAUCUCUGAGGUGCUUGCCACUGUAACCGUUUUUCUUGGGUAGGUAGGUAGGUUGCUCGCCUGUGGUUGCUCUUCUGAUCUCCCACCUUUUCAGCUUGUAGCGCCUGGCUUGAGAUGGUCUUGUCCAGCGGUCAACCGAUUUCCACUUUAACGCGUCAAUCUAACGCGAAACAUGAUCAACCGGUCCCGCCCUUGCCCGGCCAACGAAGCUUCGGGCAAUGGUAGGACCCCUGCUCACCUAUUUAUGUGUACUUCAACAUCAACAUCAAUCAACCAAUAUCUCCUCCCUCACCUUUUGUCUUUUUGUUGUGCCUUUGAUCUGAUAUACCCUCA